AUGGCGGAUCUAGUGACCGCCAAAGACCAAACACCGUCACGGCAGACCGGAACUGUCCCCGACCAGGGUUCCAAUCCUUCCCCCGACAAGGAACCAGACGCCGACGACGAAAGCGACGAAGACGAGUAUUCCGAUUGGUUACAAUCCGUACGCACAGAGACGGGUCUAGAAACGGGUAUUCGAGUGACUUGGCCCGGCGUGGAACCCUUUCUUCUCUCCACCUGCCUUCCCGCAACCGAAAUGGCCCCCCUGUUUCACGGGACGCAGUGGGCCGGCACCCGCAUUUGGCGGGCUGCCGUAGUCGCCGUGCAGUAUUUGUUGUCGCCAACGCAAGCUCCUUUACUCCUCACUGACGUCACGAACGUACUGGAGUUGGGAUGCGGCUUGGGAUUGCCGGGGAUGAUCCUGCACGCUCUACGACAAUCGCCCGUCGUAUUGUCCGACAAGGAAUCCUUGUUGACACAAUUGCGCGACAACAUUGCCAACGCCUUUCCCGAUCGGGGAAGACUGCUCCAAGCCGAGGCUUUGGAUUGGUCCGAUGACAGUGUGCACCAAUUGUUGGAGAAGCUUCGCUUGCCGAACGGCUUUGAUCUGGUCUUGAAUUGCGAUUGUGUCUUUGAGUAUCUCUACGGCGACAGCUGGAAGCAUCUGGUCACUUGUCAAGAAGCCCUCUUUCGUGCCAACCCCCAUACCGUCAUGAUUACCAGUGUGGAACGUCGACGCGGCGACGGCUUGGCCAAGUACUUGGCUGCCUUGGAAACGUCGCCCUCGGUGCAGCGCGUUGUACAACUCCAACUCGAUUUCAAACACGCUCCCGAAGUUGAGCUGUAUCGUGUUUACGGAAAGCCUUGA